CCGCGCUCUCCGAUCCCCUCAGUUGAAGCGUCAAAGAUAUCAAUUCUCGAGAGGAUCGCGGAGUGCCGGCGACGGGGAGAGGCGGAUGAUGUCGAGGGAGCGCAAGAAAGCAACCGGUCUACAUGAGAAGCUGCAGAUCCUGCGCUCCAUCACUCACUCCCGCGCGCUGAGCGAUACGUCCAUAAUCUUGGACGCGUCGGAGUACAUCAAGGAGCUGAAGCAGAAGGUCGUCAGGCUGGAACAGGAGAUCGCCUUUGAAGAAGCAGGCGCGCUCAAGCAGAACUCUUCCCCGACGGUCACUGUGGAAACCCUAGGGCACGGGUUCCUCGUCAACGUGUUCUCUGACAAGAGCUGCCCCGGGCUGCUUGUUUCUGUCCUGGAAGCGUUUGAUGAGCUGGGCCUCAGCGUACUCGAAGCCACGGCAUCUUGCGCAGACACAUUCCGCCUCGAGGCUGUUGGGGGAGAGAACCAGGUGGGGCAUGUGGAUGAGCAUGUCGUGAAACAAGCCGUGCUCCAGGCCAUCAGUAACUGCUCAGAAAGCGAUCGCCAGCAAGAGGUCUAGCGCAAGGAGUUGCAGCAAGAUUCACCAAUAGGCCAUGUGAGAAUGCACGAUCGCUAGCUUAUGCGGCCGCUGCAGCAUUUAGCUGAUGUUCUGUCCUAUCCGAUAUUAUCUGAAGAAACAGUCUUCAGAGAACCUGCAGCAUUUAGUUUCCGUAAUUUCCUGUGUACUAUUGGUUAGCCAGGGGCAACAAGUUGUAACAUGUGCAUGCUGUUCCUUCCUUCUGUUGAUCAUGGCUGAAUAUGAUGGUGUUUUCCUCUC